UGGAAAAUAAAACAUAAUAACAAAUGGAUUUAACUGCUUCGCCUCCUAUUAAACGUGCCCGGAGGCAAUCCCUCACCCCAGUUGAGGAAGAGGACAUCACCGGCAUCCGGGCCAUUCUGUCCGAUGAGUUCGAUCGGGAUAUAAAACUGGUAAAGGCGCACAGCUGCCAGUUGGAGACGAAGCAGCAGCUGCAGGCGGUGAUCCAGGAGUUGUCCCAGAAGCUGCCACACUUCCAUCAUCUAAAGCGCGUACACGACCGCAGUGUGCUCAUCUGUCCCAGCUCCGAUAUCGAGGCAUCGGAGACCCUGGAGCAGCACCUGCAACGCUUUGCUUUCUCGGAACACGUACUCCGGGCGCUGUGCCAGGAAGUGCGGGUGGUCGAGGUGCCAGAACGCAUGCCUCGACUGCGGGUGCAGUACGAGAAGACACUGCGGCACUGGCCCUGCAAGUUCCACCCGAACCACUACUCGGAGUCCCUGCGAAACGGCAGCAACUUCAGCUCCGAGCAACGUCGAUUUCACAAGCGGGUGGCCCAGCUGCUGGUGAGGCUUUCGCGGGAUGUGAAUGCCGGUGGGCCAGUGGGUAUCUGUGUGGACCCACGACAACCCAGCAUCGUUGCCAUUGCUGGAGGUGAAGCGUCCCGAAGUCCGCACGAGCACUGCAGCAUGCUGCUAGUGGAUUAUGUUGCGCGGAGCCAGCAAGGAGGAGCCACUGCAACAGACCUAACCUUCGCCGAGGACCCAGAAGCUGGAGCGAAAACCACACUGCGAGGCAUUCCCACAGCCUACUAUGAAUACCUGAACAAGGACGAGGAUUGCAAACACCUGGAAUUCGGGGCGGAGACGGGGAGAACCGAUGAAGUAAAGCAGCAGCAGCAGGGUCAAGGAGCCGACAACCUAGCCAAGUUUGGACCUUACCUGUGCACCGGCUACGAUGUGUAUCUUCUGCAAGAACCCUGCCUUAUGUGCUCCAUGGCCUUGGUUCACAGCCGAGCGAAAAGAGUGUUCUUUCUGAGGACCUCCGAGAACGGAGCCCUCGUCACGCGAUUCCAACUACACACGGUGCGAGAGCUGAACCACCACUACGAGGUGUUCCAGUUUACGACAAAACAGGACGCAAAACUGACGUAACGAUUAACGAACCUUGAUUUAAUGCACAAAAUAAAUGAUUUAAAGGA